CGGCUUGCCUUGGCCAGUGAGUGCCACCCGCGCUCACAGCAGCCUCGAUCGAUGCAAAGCUUUGGGCGCUGCUUGCUGCAGCUCGUCAAGUCACGCCAACGCUCUUGGAUCGCGUUUGGCUUGCCUUCCACAUUCACCGCCCUUGGAGCGCUUGCAUGUUGCUCAAGUUGAGUAGACCUCACCAACUUCGCAUCGAUUUCGCUGAUUGGCCUGCUGGGAGCACGGGAAGACGGUCGACCACAGGCAAUCACCCACCGGCAGGCAUCCUCUGCUGAAUCAACAGGCCACCUCUCGACUUCAACUUUCUCCCACACUCAGGCGACAACGCCCACCAGCACAUUACCCUUUGGACCUUUGCGUACAAAAGCAAGAUGGACUCUCUGAAUAACCUAAGAGACUCUUUGGAUUACUCUUCGAGUCGGCCGCCUGGCGGCUUCUCUAAGCGAGAUGAGGUGGCACUCACUGCGGAUUUUAAAGCUGCUGCUCUGCAUCUAACAACGCUGUACAGGACCUCCUUGUCAACCUCCAAGAGGGUCUACUCUCGCGGCUACUUGGCUGCUCUAUCAGACCUGCUGGACAUGAUUGCUCUACGAGCACGUGGAAACGCCAGAGGAGGGAGAGCAGAAGCAAUGAUGGAAGAUGCGCUACUCGAUCCUCGUUCGUCCGAACAGCAACAUCAAGCCGGUCCUUCCAGCCUUAGCGCUUCGACAUCGACUCAAGAAUUGGCCUGGAUGGAGAGGUAUCUCCAAGGCCGAAUCGAGGCGUUGAAGGGUGAAGCGGAAGACGAGGAGAUCGAGGCUGCUGCUGCUGAUCAGGCUGGUCCUUCGAUGGAUGCCAGAAGGCGAGCGCCGUCAAGGCGCUCGAGGGAACGCGAGCUGAGUGCCGAAACUGUCUCAGCUCAGGAGACACCGCAGACUUCUCGGAGACAAGAGAGCAGGCCUGCAUUCCGCCGGCAGUCGGGAUCAGAAAACGCCGCCGGUGACAGACCUGUUCACCGGCCUGCAUCUUUUGGAGGCACAACCUCGCAAUCCUCCAGCAACACUGAUCUCUUCCAGCCCCGCCUGAAACGGCCAGCUUCAUCUCUCAGCUCGUCAUCUAAUCCAGAAUUGAUCGAGGACCCGCAGGAUCUUCAACCUCGAGAGUCGGCCUCUGCGCCUGCACACGUACAGCCUUCGAGCGGCAUGGAGUCUGACGCUGCAAGCGUAGCUGAGAGCGCCUCGAGCUCGCAAUCAUCAGGCAGCACCGCAGCAGCGGGAUCGGCUCCAUCGGCGAAUCUCGCCGAGUCGCAAAUGUCAUUCGCGACGCCAACGCCUCACCCACGUCGGUCAGAUUCAGCGCGUUCACGUCGAUCUAGCUCGGAGCUGGGAGAAGUGACGUUGCGCGAACAACGGUCUACUUCAGGAGAUGAGACGCUUGUCAAUGUGCGAGCACCCGCACACUGCACGCCCACACACUUGCCCAUGACGCCCAGUGGAAGACAACGCAAACCGACGAGAAGAGGAGGCGAACAUGCUGGAAAGAGCAGGUGCAGCUCUCACGAGCAGUCCGGACAUUUGCUGAGUCCGGUCGGUGAAGAAGCCGCAUUGCAGAUUCCGAAUCGACCAAGAAGGGAAGGCAAAAAACGAUCGACAUUUGGCCAAGGUGUCGCUCCUUCGCAUCAUCAAGAUGGGGAACCAAAUGCACCUGCGACAGCUGGAUCGGCCACGAAUAGCUUCUCAUUCUUCCUCCCACCACCUAGACAUUCUUUGGAAGAGAGAGAGCCGAAAGCGGGAAAUAGAAGAGGAGGUAUUGUGGUACCUGCGACGAGCGGCAACAACACCGCAUUUGCACCAUUUGCGAGCCAUUCGCCUGAACAGGCUACUAGGGCCAAGAGGAGAAAGAGGGACAAGAAGGACGGCAACGGAAAUGCGAAUGCGAGUGGGCAUGCAAGCGGCAAUGGAGAUGGGCAAAGCUUAAUCUGACUGAUCAAGUGGUCAGGAUAGGGAAGGAGACAUGGAGAGCAUCCACGUGAAUGCUACAUUCAGGUCUGGGCGGUCUCGGCCCCCUUGGCCUACGCAAACGUCCGACACUCUUCAAUGUUUGAUUGGAUACGUAUAUCACACUGAUUGCGCACUGCACCCUCGUGGCACUAUGGAAAUCCAAAGUCGC